AUGGUAUCUGCGACAUAUCAGAAUCUGACGCUAGCGCUACUAGUGCUGUGUAUCGUCACCAGUCCGAUCGAGAGUCGAUACCGCGAGAAGGAUGUCAAGAAGGGAAAGUCUUCACCGCCUGUACUGCCCCAGAUGAUAAUUCCAUCGCCACUAAUGAACCUUUGUUCCGGCGAUCGCGAGAUGAAGUUGGUCUGCCACUGCUCACCAGACGAUCCGCACGUGAAAGCACAGAAGGCGAACUGUUGGAUUUUUAGCAAGGAGCUACCGCGCAAGGAUACUAACUGGCUCGCCUUCCAGACACAGUCCACACUGGAACAGUUAAAGAUUACGGUGCAGAAGAUCGGUAAUCUGGCCUAUAUCCCCUCGGACGUACUGCACACGCUUAAGUACCUCAAGCAGCUAACGAUCGAGUACGGUGUGAUACCGGACCUGCUCAACUACGCGUUUGGCAAUCUGACUGAGCUACGCAAUGUGACGCUGCACAAGAACCAGAUCCGCAUCGUACAUCCGUUCGCGUUUGCCAACCAUCCGUUUCUGGAGGAGAUCAACCUGGAGCGUAACGAGAUACUCGAGCUAGACAAGGAAGCGCUCGUACAUUUGCCCGCAUUGCGCAAGCUUAAUCUAGAUUUCAACAAUCUCUCCAUGCUGCACGACGACGUGUUCGUUUACCUGACCAGCCUGGACGAGUUGAAGCUCGAAUCGAACCUGAUAUCUGUGCUGACGCGCGAAAUUUUCAAAGGUCUUGGCAACCUAAGAAUACUGAAGCUGACGGCCAACACCCUGACCUUCAUCGGUGAUACAAUCUUCGCGGAGCUGUGGAGUCUGCAGGAGCUGGACCUAGAUCACAACCAGAUCGAGAAACUAUCUGCCCGUGCAUUCGACGGGUUGAACAACCUACGGAAGCUCAACCUGGAGAACAACCGGUUAAAGCGGCUCGAGCGGGGCAUCUUUACCGGCGUCCCGGCCGUUCUGAAUCUCAACCUAAACUCCAAUCAGCUGGAAACGAUUACGUACAACAACUUCCUGCCACUAAUGGACAACCUGGUCAACAGUACGGCCAUUCUUCAUCUCAAAGACAACCGAUUUCUAUGCGACUGUCGGCUUCUGUGGCUGUUUGAUCUACGCAACAACACCAAAAACGAGGAUCUCCGGUACACACUGCAGCACGUGGAAUGUCUGUACGACAUCAAAGGCAUCUACGGAACGCCAUCGCUAACGCACAACCAGCUGAAAGAGUUUGGCCGCAGCCAACCACCGGACACUAUCCUGUUCGACGAGGACUACUACGACGAUACGGGGCACCGAAAGCCGGGUGUGGUGUUACAGAAGAAGUUCAGCUCGAGCCGAUCCGUUCCCGAUGGUAGCCCGGACAAAAGCCAGCUGCAACCCAUCACACUGAUGAAGCUACGGAAGGACACUAUUCUACCCUGCCCGAAGGAGCUGGACGAACCGACGGAACUACCGCUUUCGCGUGAAUCGAUCGGGCUCGAUAUGGGCUGGCGUUCGUCGGUGACGGCCACGAGCGAGGCUUCGACUUGCAUACACUCGGUGGUAUUGGUAGGUAUGUGUUCUAUGCUCACCGUAGCGCGGUACGGGCGAAGAUGUUAG